AUGGUUGAGAGUGAAGCAAAUAUGCUCCAGACUCUUGAUGGCAUGUUUGCUACAUCUAGCAGCUUUGCUAGGCAGAUUGCGCUGAAUGCUGUCACUAAGACAGUAAUGUCUGGAGGAAGUGUGCGGGAUCAUUAUUUGUCAAUGAUUGCAAACUUCAAGAAGGCUGAGGAUCAUGGGGUCAAGUUUGAACAAGAAGUAAAAGUUGAUCUUCUCUUGCAAUCACUGCCUGAAUACUUCACUCAAUUCAAGAUGAAUUAUAAUAUGAAUAAGAUGAAUCUUAAUCUUACUCAACUUAUGCACGAGCUUGAGAGUGCUGAACAAUCUCUAGUCAAGCAGGGCAGUGCAUUUUAUGCUGGUGAAAGUUCUGUGAAACCUAAGGGGAAACCCAAGGGGAAGAACAAGACAAGAAAAAGAAGAAAUCAGGUAUUCCAGUUGCCAAACCAGUUGCAAUGA